AUGAGCGCAGCACCCCUGCGGCGGCGGCAGCGGCAGCAAGCCGUGGACCCAAACGCCGUGCCGCCGCCGCCGCAGGCAGCACCCCUGCGACGGCGGCGGCAGCAAGCCGUGGACCGAAACUCCGUGCCGCCGAGUCCCGUGGCUGUGGCCGCCCGCACCGUGACUGGCUUCCAGCCUGAGGGCGUGCACCUCACGCAGUGGACCGCCAGCAGCAUCCUGGUGUCCUGGCAGACGGGCGUGGCCGCCUACGUCAAACUGGGCACCGCCCCGGGCCGCUACCACAAGACGGCCAAGGGCAAGCACAGCCUGGUCUAUCGCUACGUCUACGGGCCAGAUGCUGGCAACACCACCUACCAGUCACCCAUCCUGCACCACGUGCUGCUGCGGGGCCUGAAGCCCGGCAAGACGUACUUCUACGUUGUGGGCAACGAAGACCAGGGCUGGAGCCAGGAGUUCAACUUCACCACGCUUCGCCAGGAGUUCCCGAUCCGGCUGGGGCUGGUGGGAGACCUGGGCCAGACCUCCAACACCAGCACCACGCUGCAGCAGCUGGUGGGCAGCAAGCCAGACAUGGUGGUGCUCACAGGGGACUUCUCGUAUGCCGACGACCACCUCAGCGGAGAUUCCUCAGGCGAAUUCUCCGGCGGGACUGACAACGCACCCACAAGCGACCAGCCGCGCUGGGACUCCUGGGCCCGCCUGGCGGAGCCAGUGCUGUCCAAGCUGCCCCUGAUUUCGUGCAGAGGCAACCACGAGCGGGAGCCGCUACUCCUGGAUCGAGGCAACACAUUCGUGGCACCCAACGCGCGCUUCCCAUACCCUCAGGCGCGGCGUGUGGAGUGCGUGGACCCCUCGGAAAUCGACACCUCUUCAAACGUGGGUGCCGAGUACCUCAACCUCACCAACCCGCGCGAGUUUCUGAACGAGUCGCGCUUCCAGCCCUCCUCUGCCUACUACUCUCUGGAUCUGCCAGGAAUCGCCCACAUCAUCCCCUGGGGCAACCAUUCGGCGCAGGUCAGGUGGCUGCGGAAGGACCUGGCCAAGGUUGACCGCGGCCGUACGCCCUGGCUGAUCGUCAUAUUCCAUGUGCCGCCCUAUCAUACCUACAACACGCAUUACAAGGCAAGGCCCGUUGAGAGCGACACCUUCAUGACCGUGGUGGAGGACAUCUUCUACGAGCACCAAGUGGACCUGGUGUUCAACGGCCACGUGCAUGCAUACGAGCGCACGUACCCUGUGUGA